AUCGCCAUUUCACCCGGGCCGGCCCCAGCUAAGCCCACCUACCGCCUCUUUCUUGCUGCCACCAGUUGCUUCCUCCAGAACCUUGACCGACCCCAAGAGCUUUUUGCUUGGGCGGCGCCGCGCCGCAACACGCCGCGCCGGCCAAGAUUUAGUUGGAGCGCAAGCAAGGAUGCUGGAUGCAUGAUGCGCCCGUGCGCUCCGACCUCUAGAUCGCCCCCACACUCCUGCUGCAGCUGCUACUGGUAGAGCACUCCACGGGUGAGGGGAUCCGCCAAGCAGACAGUCCAAAUAAAGAACGAGCUGGUUCAAGCAGCUACGUUGGGACGAGCACUAGCGAGAUCAAGAAGCUGGCGGCGAGCAAGUGGUGGGAGCGCGGCGGUGAGGGCGUCAUGGCCGGAAUGGAUCCUGGCGGCGGCGGCGGGACUGCGUCGCACUACCUGGAACUCCUCCGCGCGCAGCAGCUGCAGCACCAGCAGCCGUCGGCGCCGCUAUCCCCUUCCUCCCACGUCAAGAUGGAGCGCUCCGCGCCGUCGCCGGAGAACGUCGAUCCCGGCGGGGAUCAGCCCGCCUUGGAGGGCAGCGGGGGGUCCGGUGGGCCGAUGAGGAAGCCGCGCGGGCGGCCGCCGGGGUCCAAGAACAAGCCCAAGCCGCCCAUCAUCAUAACGCGGGACAGCCCCAACGCGCUCCACUCCCACGUCCUCGAGGUCGCCGCCGGCGCCGACAUCGUCGAGUGCGUCUCGGAGUACGCGCGCCGCCGCUGCCGCGGCGUAUGCGUGCUCAGCGGCGGCGGCGCCGUCUCCAACCUCGCGCUACGCCAGCCCGGCGCCGAGCCCCCGGGCAGCCUCGUCGCCACCCUGCGCGGGCAGUUCGAGAUCCUGUCGCUCACGGGCACGGUGCUGCCGCCGCCCGCGCCCCCGGGAGCCAGCAGCCUUAGCGUGUACGUCGCCGGCGGGCAGGGGCAGGUGAUGGGCGGGAGCGUGGUCGGCCAGCUCAUCGCCGCCGGACCCGUAGUCCUCAUGGCCGCGUCGUUCGCGAACGCCGUCUACGAGCGGCUGCCGCUGGAGGCUGAGGAGGAAGAGGCGGCCACGGCAGCCGCAGCCGCUGCUGCUGCCACAGAGACCCAAGGCGCAGCGGAGCCGGCGGAAGGACAGCCACAGCAACAGGAGGCGUCGCAGUCUUCUGGUGUGACGGGUGGCGAUGGCGGUGGCGGUGGCAUUGGCCAUGGCAUGUCGCUGUAUGAUCUUGGAGGGAACGCGGCUGGCUACCAGUUGCCCGGAGAGAACUUCGGCACCUGGAGCGGUGGUAUGAGGCCGCCAUUUUGAUACCAAUCUCUUUCUCUUGGCAAUUGCAUUUGCAUCACGGCAAGUUUGAGAAGAUCCCGAUCCAUGACAGAGAAGCUCCUUAAUCCUGCAUUUCGGUUGAAGGCUACACUUUGACGAGGGCACGGAGGCCAUGUGAGAUGAUUUGCUGAGAAUGCAUGCUGCCAUGGUGGUCGACUGGAAAUAAUCCAGAUCCAUGUAUACUUAUACCAUCUAUGACUAUGGAAAAGUGAGUACUACCGACGAUGCAUGUCUAUUUUUUGGGUGAUCUAUUAGUCCAACAAAAUCCAAGGAAGGUCAGUAGGUCCAGUGUUAACUGUUUAGAGACCAUCCCUGUCGACUUGUCCUUUUGCUUUAGAACGAUCUUUGUCAAGUUGUCAUGACAUUUGCCUUUUUAAUAGUACUUGCGUUCUUUCUAUUA